UGCAAGAAAUAAAUAACCUAGUUUCUUGUUUGUAUUUUUGUAUGAAAAAUAUGAGCAAUAAAACUCUAAACAAUGGUUCAGUUUACGAAUAUUCUGUUCGCUAAAGUACACAAAAUAUCUAGGAAAUAUCUCCGUGCAGGUUUCAGGGAUAAUUUGAAAAUUUAUGUACAAGGAGGUCCGGGAGGAAACGGCUUACCAAAGUUUGGUGGUGUUGGAGGUAACGGAGGAAAUGUAAUUGCAGUGGCUAAAGAUGGUGUGUCAUUAGAUGAUGUAUAUAAACAAAAUAAGAGUAAGCGCCAUAUAGCAAAAGGUGGAAGACAUGCUUCCCAUAACUUCAUAUUAGGGCCUCCCGGAGAAGAUUUGCACAUUGAAGUACCUGUGGGUGUAUCAUUGAUAACAGAACUGGGUAAAAAACUAGGUGAACUGAAUAAUGAAGGCGAAGAGGUUAUGGUAGCCAAGGGUGGAGCAGGAGGGCAUGCAAAAAAUGGUUUUCUUGGCACUAGAGGACAAGCGUAUCAUGUGAGAUUGGAUUUAAAGUUGAUUGCAGAUAUAGGAUUGGUGGGUUUUCCUAAUGCAGGAAAAAGUACACUGCUAAAAGCCAUUUCUCAAGCUAAACCAAAAAUUGCAAGCUAUCCUUUCACAACUGUAAAGCCAAAUCUUGGCAUCUUAACAUAUAAAGACCAUCGUCAAAUUUCAAUGGCUGACUUACCUGGACUCAUAGAAGGGGCUCAUGCCAAUAGGGGAAUGGGACACCAGUUUUUGAAGCAUAUAGAAAGGACAAAACUUAUUCUUAUGGUUGUUGAUAUUAAUGGUUUUCAAUUGAGCCCUCAAUAUGCUCAUCGGAGUUGUAUGGAAACUGUCAUGCUUUUGACAAAGGUGAAUAAUAUUCCUUUGUGAUAUAAUUUAAUUCAA